CUCUCCCACUGGGUGCUGUGACCUAGGUUUACUACCCGACGACUCUUUCUGCUUUUCUGGGACCGACCGCUGCCUCUGAAAUAGUUUCCUUGUCGCGUUUUUAGACAAUUCCACAUUCCAACACACAGCCGUUUUAUGGUUGCGUUGCCACGACUUGUUUCUAAUCGUAGCCGCUGGCCUCGGUGGUUUAGCCGGCUAGCCGAGCGGUGACGGAGGGCAGACAGCCGGUCGGACGGAGGGACGGAGGGAGCGACCGAGGGAGCGACGGAGGGAGCGACGGACACGUUAGCAAGGGAGCUACUCAGCGGGGAUUACUGUCUUUAAUCAAAGAACAGCGCAACGUCUGCUGGCUCUUCACUCACUGCGGCAAACAUGAAGAUCACCGUGGAUUUCGAGGAAUGUUUGAAGGACUCCCCGCGAUUCAGAGCUACCAUAGAGGAAGUGGAGGGGGAUGUGUGUGAGUUGGAAUCCAAGCUCGACAAAUUGGUGAAGUUGUGUAUUGGGAUGAUCGAUGCAGGAAAAGCCUACAAUGCAGCCAACAAGCAGUUUGUUAACGGGAUCCGGGAGCUGGCCCAGCAGUCCACCAAAGAUGAGGUCAUCGAGUCCAGUCUCACAAAAUUUGCCGAGAGCCUGCAGGAGAUGAUCAACUAUCACACGAUAUUAUUCGAUCAGGCCCAGAGAUCAAUCAAGACCCAGCUUCAAACAUUUGUUAAAGAUGAUAUACGUAAAUUCAAAGAAGCCAAGAAGCAUUUUGACAAAGUGAGCGAGGAGAAGGAGGGGGCCCUGAUCAAGAACGCCCAGGCUCCGCGCAACAAGCAGCAUGAGGUGGAGGAGGCCACCAACAUCCUCACUGCCACACGCAAGUGCUUCCGACACAUCGUCCUCGACUACGUUUUACAGAUCAAUGUGCUACAAUCAAAGAGAAGAUCGGAAAUCCUGAAAUCAAUGUUGUCCUUCAUGUACGCCCACCUGACGUUCUUCCAUCAAGGCUAUGACCUCUUCAGUGAACUACAACCUCUGAUGAAACAGCUUGGGGGACAGUUGGACCAGCUGGUGGUGGAUGCAGCCAAAGAGAAGAGGGACAUGGAGCAGAAACACUCCACCAUCCAGCAAAAGGCCGCUCUGCAGGAGGUGACUGAGCUCGAGUCAGACUGCCGCAACUUUUCCGCUUGGAGGUCGAACUCCGACUUCUCGAAUGACGACACCAAGCUGGAGUACAAUGUGGAUGCAGACAACGGCAUCGCAAUGGAGGGUUAUCUGUUCAAGAGGGCCAGCAACGCCUUUAAGACGUGGAAUAGGCGUUGGUUCUCCAUCCAGAACAAUCAGCUCGUUUACCAGAAGAAAUUUAAGGACACCCCGACAGUGGUGGUAGAAGACCUGAGGCUAUGUACCGUCAAACAUUGUGAGGACAUAGAGCGUCGGUUCUGUUUCGAAGUGGUCUCACCCACCAAGAGCUGUAUGAUGCAGGCAGACACAGAGAAGCUGCGACAGGCCUGGAUCAAAGCCGUGCAGAACAGCAUCGCCACCGCCUUCCGCGACAAGGGAGAUGAAGGAGAGAAGCUUGAAAGGAAGUCGUCCACGUCGACAGGGAGUCUUGAUUCUGGCGGGGAGCUAAAGGAGAGGCCAAUCAAAGGAGAGAGUGCCCUGCAGAAGGUCCUGGCCAUCCCAGGCAACACCUGCUGCUGCGACUGUGGCCAGCCAGACCCCCGUUGGGCCAGCAUCAAUCUGGGUAUCACCCUCUGUAUACAGUGCUCCGGUAUCCACAGGAGUCUGGGAGUGCAUUUCUCUAAGGUCCGGUCUUUGACUCUGGAUACAUGGGAGCCAGAACUUCUAAAGGUGAUGUGUGAACUUGGAAACGGAGCGAUCAAUCAGAUCUACGAGGCUCGGCGAGAGGAGCUGGGCUCCAGAAAACCACAACCAGGAGAUCCAAGACAUGAGGUAGAGGCCUACAUCAAAGCCAAAUACGUGGACCGGCGGUUUGUACGCCGGCCUACAGAUGAGGAGCUUCGCAACAAAGUGGUUUCUCUGAGCAAACAGGAGAAGAGGCUGAGCAACAGCUCUGAGCAUCUACCCCCAAGGCCGCCCCCACCCACCCCAAAACUCCGGACCGGUCGGUCAGCUGUUGCCAGCGGCAUGGAGGCCCGCCGCGACUCUCUCUUCUGUCCUGACGAGCUUGAUUCACUCUUCUCCUACUUUGACAACUCUGCCAAGCUAAGGAGCAUAAAAAGUGCAGACAGCGGCAUCCAGAACAGCGCUGAUGGGAGCCGGGAGAUGCUGGCCACCACCCCCUCCAACAACAGCCUGACGGAUGCAGAUGCCGCAGAGUCUCCCCCCAUGCCAAUGCCUUCAACACUGCCUCCUGCCUCUCCGUGUAAGGAGAUAGUUUUCUACGAGCCUAAGGAGUACAGCUCGGGCCUGCAGCUCUACUGGGCUGCAUGCGCCCGCAGCCUGCCGGACAUGGCGGAAGCCCUGGCCCACGGAGCCGAGGUCAACUGGGUCAACACUGAGGACGACAAGAAGAUGCCGCUUAUCAUGGCGGUGCUGGGGGGUUCGCUGGUCACCUGUGAGUUUCUGCUGCAAAACGCAGCUAAUGUGAACCAGCAGGACGCCGUGGGCCGAGGACCCCUCCACCACGCCACCAUGCUGGGACACACAGGGCAAGUGUGUUUAUUCUUAAAAAGAGGAGCCAAUCAGAAUGCUUCAGACAUUGAUGAGAAAACCCCCUUGACGAUAGCAGUGGAUGCAGCCAACGCAGACAUCGUCACACUGUUGCGAUUGGCCAAGAUGAACGAAGAGAUGCGAGAGGCGGAGGGGCCCUUCAGCCAGUCAGGAGAUGAAACCUACCAAGACAUUUUCCAGGAUUUCACCCACAUGGCCUCCAAUGACCCGGACAAGCUGAACCGCUACCAGCAGUAUGACCCCCAGCAGCCCUGAGGCAACAGAACCGCCGGCCAUGAGCACUCGAUACGACUGCUCCACCCAGGAGAGACCGAACCUCGUCUGGAGAGACAUCAUUGGGACAUUCACGCUGGUCGAUGCUGCCGUGGCGGGACUUGUGUCACCGUAAUGUGCUCAAACCUCGCUUUCUUUUUUUUUGCUCCCAGUAGGACCUAUUAUUAUUAUUAUUAUUAUUAUUAUUAUGAGUGAAUGGUAGUGUUUGAAAGGCUUUGCAAAGUCCUAAAAAAAAAUCACAAUUUAACUAAAUCCGUCGGUUAUUUUAAUCUUUUAUGUCACACUUCUUGAAAGAAGAAAUUCAAAGACAAUUCAUUUUUUAUCUUUUAAAAACUUUCCAAAAUUUUUUAACUGUGCUGCAUCAGAGUUUUAAAGAAUAAAAUGCAUGACAGACUGUUUGAUACUUCAUUUUUCAACAGGUUUUCAAUAGGAUUGUGUUUAUGAUGAAAGGCAUCUUUGUUUAUCUUGAAGUUUAUACGCGACAUUAUGCUUUUACUUAUUUUGCACAAACCCCUUUCUCUUAAAUCGCCACUGAUGUUUACCAGUUUUGAUGGUAAAGCGUUGACAUUUUAAACAAUGUACAGUGAUUAUGAAAGUAAACAUGUUAUCGACGCGUCCGCAAUGUUAAAUAGACGAUUCUUUUUGCUUUUUAAUGGCUGUUUUUUUUUUUUAAACACUUUUCUCUGAAUGAUUUAAAUUGUCCAUGUCGGUCCGUGUCAGGGAGGCAAUCAGCCUUCAGCGUGCUGAUUAUAGUUCCAGUCGUGUUGAGAUGAUUGUUCAUUUGUAGAUUCAGUCUCAUGCUGAUAUUUAAAAAGUUAAGAUUUAAAGUUUUAAAAACUCCAGAAUAAUAUGGGCAUGUAACACCCUCCCAGCUGGUAACGAAUGAGGCGAAUGUUCUGCUCUCGAACUCCACGCUGCCUCGGUGGACUCUCGCUCCACGUCCUCUGAGGCCGGCUCGUCAGGAACGACGACGCAUUAAACACCGUCUGUCAUGUCACCGUCACGGCAGCAAAUUACUUAGACCGUUUAAAUAAACUUCCCAGGAAAUGAAUCUGGUAAUUGCAUAUGUAUACAGUUGCAUAAAUAAAUACAGCCUGCUAAAUAUCCAGAGAGGUUUUGAGUUAUUACACUCAGUCCCUGACAUUUCAGGUCACAGUUUCACAAAUGUUUGAUUUAGUUGUGACAUCGGCCGACUGAACUAAAAUGCCCGGAAAUUAAUUCUGCAAUUUGUUUGUUUAAAAAAUUAAAAAACGUCUUCUUGUUGACAUUAACAGUAUAUAAUAAGAUAUAAUAUGCAGCGCAGAGGAAACCUUUGGCAAAUACAGCAUGGGAUACAAUUCUUGUACAUUUUGUACAGAUAGUUUUAAAUUCUCAGAGAACUGAAGUAUAAAGUUAGUGGUACUUGAAUCAUUAUAUAAGCUUUUGUAUAUAUGCUGUUUUUUGUAUCUUUUGGUAAUUGUAGCCUGUUUGUAUUGGCUGUCUGUUUCCCAGUAUACAUGGACUGUAUAUUCCACCUGUAAUAUGUAAGAGCUUCAAUACAGAAGGACCGAGGAUUCAU